CCGUUUACAAUGAGGCCCUUUCCAUCUGGAUGCUGGACUUGCAAGCUCAGACACCGCAAGUGUGACUCAAAAACGCCCGCCUGCAGGGAGUGCCUGGACCGACAGAUCCCAUGUCACGGCUACGGUUCCAAGCCCUUGUGGAUGGAUGGGGCGGUUGCGGAGACACGGGAACUCACGCGCAUCAAGAAGCUCGUCAAACAACACGUUCGGAAUCUGCGAAAGUCCCAGAAUCGCGAUCGACAAGCUGGGAGGGAUAGACACUCCGCUGCUCGCACAAUCCCUCCCCAAGUGCCCAGUGAGAAUCCAUCUACACCGCCAAGCCGAGCUGUUCUUGUUCUUUCUCCGCCUUCACGAUCGGAACAUGUUCCCGAGGGUGCUUUUCAUGAGCUUGGGGAAAGCUGCAGUGUGGAUCUAGUCAGUCCGAGUUCGGGGCACAGCCAUGACCCGGCCCAAGAUGAAAGGAGCACAUCAACUGGUCCACAUUCAACUUUCGCAUGUGUCUUUCGGUCAGAGUCAGCGUCUCUGGUCAUGCACUAUUUGGAUCAUGUCUUCUCCUGGCAAUACCCUUACUUCCAACCCCGCUCCCGCCUAGGUAACAGAGGCUGGCUCCUUAUGUACCUAAGCAAUGGUGGUCCUUUGUAUCAUGCCGCGUUGGCGCUCUCGGCCCUCCACCGGAACAAAGUCCAGAUUUCUCCCCGGCAAGACUACCUGCGCAAUCAAGAGGCCUUCGAGUACCACUCAAAGGCCCUAAGAGAACUCUGUGAGCUUUCGCAGAGGACCGAGACAGAGGCUCUCCUUAACGACAAGUCCCAGCUUGCGGAAUUUGCAGCUUCCAGCCUCAUGCUGAUAAGUUUCGAGGUAUUCAACGGCGCAGAAUAUGAUUGGCUCCCCCAUCUUGACGCCGUCACCACUCUUCUGAGUACACUUUCACCAGAAGUCCUGCUUCACCAUUCUACUUCUCCCAAUCGCACAGACACUGCCAAUGUCAGUGGUGGAUACGCCUAUAACGUGUUUCAAGCACAGCCCGACUUUGACUUUCUCAUAGUCCAUGCGAUAUGGUUCGACAUUCUGUCGUGCGUCUCCACGGGUCGAGUUCCGCGGAUUGCCUACCGACAGUGGCUUGAAGCAUCGAAUCUUGACAUGGCGGAUCUCAUGGGGUGCUACAACUGGGUCAUGAUCUCCAUCGGUGAUUUAGCACACCUGCAGGCGUGGAAGAGCAAGAUGAAGGAACAGGGAACAUUGAGUGUACCACAUCUGGUAACGAGGAGCCGGGAGAUUGAAACACGGUUAGAGGACGGCGUUGAAAAGCUAGAAUCUAUAAUCGAGGAGAAUACCGAAGCCCCCUGGGCUGCAUGGGUUUCGCACAUCUUUGCACUCGCCUCGCUCAUUCUGUCAGGUACCAUCGUGUCUGGACCGUGGGAAUCACUACCUGAAAUCAGCAAGAAUGUCGACAAGGCUGUGAAUGUGCUUCGUGAAUGGCCCCGAGCCAUUUCCCUUCAAGGGCUUGUGUGGCCUCUCUGCGUCAUUGGAUGCAUGGCUGAGCCGAAGCAUCAGCCCUUUCUCGAAUCACUUCUCUCCAACUUUGUGGAUGAGUGUGGAGGUUUCGGAAAUGGUAGUACAGUACUCAGGAUCAUGAGGAACUGUUGGACAUGGCAGCGGAAGCAGGAGAGAAAAGGCAUGGACCUGGCGUUCCAGACAGGAGUACCUGUGUUGUUGAUCUGA